AGAAAUUCUUUAUUAUUACCCUAUAAACCCUAAACCCAAAAUUCGGUUCAAUUUAAAACACAAAUUCUUCCUGUGCCCAAUUUUCCUAUGCCCAAUUUUCCUAGGAGUAAUAAAAUCACUUCUUCAAUCUAAAACACAAAUUCUUCCUGUGCCCAAUUUUCCUAUGAGAAAGCUUUCAUCUUUGGCUUCUUGGGCUGCACCUCAAAUCCAAUAUGUUGCUGCAAAAAUUCAAAUCCCGAUUAAGCCCAGAAAUCUGUCACCCACAACACUGAAAUCCCACAAAAAUAUCGUCCAAAAUCGCGUAGUUUCUGCAGCCGGUAAGCUUGAAUUCAAAGAUUCUAGUUCUGCUUCAAUUUCACCUCCCAAAUCUCACAUUUCAGAUCGUGACCAAAGGUUGAACUCUAGAGUUAUUGAUCACGGCUACUUGGCUGAAAUUCUGUCCAGAAAAGACUGGUUUUUGCUGCUAAAUCAUGAUUUUGAUGCUAACAGAGGUAAUUUGAAUGCAACAGUGGUGGUUAGCGUGUUGCAGAAUCAAGAAAAUGUUUUAUGCGCGUUGCGGUUUUAUGUUUGGAUUUCUAAGUUUAGUGCUUCUCUUGCUAAGAAUCAAAUGAUUCGUAGUGCUUUAGGCAAUGCCCUUUAUAGGAAAGGUCCAGUUCUCUUGUCUGCUGAUUUGAUACAUGACAUCCGAAACUCGGGUUGUCAAGUGAGUGAGGAGUUGCUUUGCGCGUUAAUUGGUAGUUGGGGAAGAUUGGGGUUGGCAAAGUACUGCUCUGAGGUUUUUGAGCAGGUUUCUUAUUUAGGGGUUACUCCCAACACGAGGUUGUAUAAUUCCGUGAUUGAUGGGCUUGUGAAGUCCAAUUCGCUCGAUUUGGCAUAUCUCAAGUUUCAACAGAUGGAGGUGGAUGGCUGUGUCCCAGAUAGAUAUACGUAUAACAUCCUCAUUCAUGGGGUCUGUAAGGCGGGAGUGGUGGGGGAGGCCCUUCGGCUGGUGAAACAGAUGGAGGCUUUGGGAUAUUCGCCUAAUGUGUUCACGUAUACCAUCCUGAUGGAUGGAUAUAUCAAGGCUAGAAGCAUAGAUGAGGCCUUUAGGCUUCUUGAGACAAUGAAGAAUAAGAAAGUUAUCCCAAAUGAAGCAACAUAUAGGUCACUGAUCAAUGGUGUUUUUAGUUCUGUUGCCCCAGUUGAAGCGUUUAGGUUGUUGUCAAGAUGGGUGGAUAGUGAGCUCGAUCUGCCUAAAGUGGUUUUUGAUAGUGUGAUAUGUCACCUCUGUGGUCAUUCUUUAGCAAAACAGGCAGCUGACUUUUUAAGGAAAGUUGAGGCACGAGGUUAUUUUCCUAACAGCUCAAUAGCUAACAUUGCCAUGACUUGUUUGAUUAAAGGAUUAGACGUUGAGGAAACAUGCCAAAUAUUUGAGCAUUUCAUUAAAAGAAGUGUGAAGGUUGAUUUAAGAACUGGUUUAGCACUUGUUGAAGCAUUGUACAGGUCAAUGAGAGAAGAGAAGGGCAAUCAAUAUAUAAGAUGGAUACUCGAGGAAGGACUUGUCAACAGCGUGUUCUCGUAUAAUAUGGUGAUUGACUGCUUUUGCAAAGCUGAAAUGAUGAAUAGAGCAUUAGAAACUUUCGGGAUGAUGACGAAAAAAGGUUUUUUCCCUAAUGUGGCUACUUUUAAUACCAUUAUUACAGGGUAUUACAAGUCGAGGGAUGUAGAUAAGGCACGAGAAAUGCUACUGAUGCUCUUCAGUCAUGGUUUUAGACCAGACGUGUUCACUUUCAGUUCUAUGAUUGAUGGCCUCUUCCAGGUUAAUCGGACUGUUGAUGCUUUUGAUUGUUUCGAAGAGAUGUUGGAGUGGGGAGUCACUCCCAAUGCUGUCACAUAUAAUAGUCUAAUUCGUUCGUUGUGCUUAUCCGGGAAUGUUUCCAAAGCUAUGAGAUUGCUGAGAAAGAUGCAAAUUGAUGGAAUCCAACCUGAUAUGUAUACAUUUAAUGCUCUAAUAAAGAAGUAUUGUAGAGACCGUAAGAUCGAUAAGGCCCACAGGCUUCUGAAAAGCAUGCUGACACUGGGCUUGCGCCCUGAUAAUUUUACAUACAUUGCAUUUAUCAAUGUACUGUGCGAGUGUGAGAGGUUUCAUGAGGCGAAGGGUCUACUAACUUCGAUGGAGAUGAAUGGAUGUAAGCCUGAUGCUUAUACGUGCAACUCGUUUAUUGAUGCCCUGGUCAAGUCAGGGAGGUCUCAAGAAGCCAUGGACGUAUGGUCGAAAUAUAAAGAGAAGGGACUGACUCUGAAACCUGUGCUUUCCGGAUCUGAAGUUUUGGUUGGUUGAUUAUUUCAUCAAAGAGAUGAACAAAUUUUCAUUGCUCCGUCAAGUGCUGGUAUAGACACCACAAUUUGUCUUGUACGUGUAAUAUGUCUGUGGAUAGCCUGAGUUGCAUGGUUGAAGUCGAAAUAGAAGGGCUUGAUGCCAGUUCAAAAUGCCUCUGUGGACAUUUAUGCCUGCUGGGAAUCUCUUGCGAUCGAUUAAUGAAAAUAGAAUUCAUGAAGGAUUCUGCUUGAAGCUCUAGCUCAUUUCUAGAUUGGAGAUGUUGCUGUUGGUCGAGAAGCUGUUGGCUUUGUCAUAUCAAUAUUUUGAAACUUCACGGUUUUGCCAAAAAUGUGUGAAUACUACUGGUUUCUGGAACCGUCAUAUUUCUGAAUGUGUGGAAGUGUUGGAGUGUAUAAUUGUCACUCAAAAUUAGAUCAUUACUUGUACUACAAGCUUCUCGUGCAGGUUUGAUUUCUUGCCCUUCAAUAAAAAAGUAUGUCAAAGUAGGUGUGAACUGCCCAACCAUCCUCUUUUAAAGGCAUGACCAUAAUUUCAGCAGAUUACCUAUACUUACACUUUUUUUCUUGAUUUAUUUUCUAUAGUUCUGCUAAUGAUAAUUAAUUACUUGAAAAUCAUACCACUCUAUAUCUAGUUGGAUACGAAUAUGUUUUUUCGGGUAGUUGUGGCAACUAGAAAACGAAGCAGUUUGUCUGAUUCAUAGCUAUAUAUACUGCGAAAUGGCUCUUCCAUUCAGUGUUUUCAAGUGCGUUUUUCAGAUGAGAUUCUCAGCAUCUGCUCAUUGUUGCCCUCUCGUUCCACUUCUGCUUUACAUCUUUGUAUGCAGUAGUAAAUUUGGUAUAACUGUAUAAGCUUAUUUGAGCUGCCAUUAUUGUUCAAGAACUCAUGUAUAAAUGCUGAGUUUUUUUUUGUUUGUUUGUUUCUUUCUAUGACAUUUCUAACAGGAACGGCGUAUGAUUAUCCCCAUCUAGGUGCUGCGGGUGUGGUCGCGGACCAGUAUCUGCCCAAAGCAGAACACGAUGGAGAGAUAGGGUUUUUCCCUCAAGCUGGAAUCAUAGGCACCGGUCCUUCCCGUAUCUUCGAUAAAGCCCUUGGGUGCCUCAAGGCUAACUACAUCUACAGCAGCUGCGAGGAAGCCCACAGGCUCACCGAGAACGGGGAGCUGCACGUGCCAGAAGAUGACACAGACGUGUACUGCAAGGGGCCAUGCAUAGAGGAGACGAAGCACGUGCUGGGGUGCAUGGACGGGAUCCUGAAAGGGUUCGUGUUCCUUAACAGCGCGACACUGGAUGACGUGCGCGACACCAUCGAGUCCGGAUGCUAUGGACCUAAGCGAGGUAAUUUUGAUGUGCUUGAGCAUAUUCAAACGAGUGGUGGUGGCAAGAAGAAGGCAUUGGAGGUUGUUUAUGCAUUUGUGGCGAUGGUGAUGAUGGCUUUGAUGCUGUGAUUGAGAAAAUUAAUUUUUUUUCAUUAGAUGAAAUAUUUAUGUAUGCAUUUUAUUUAUCAUAUGAUUGAUAUUAUGAUCAGUGUGUUGGGAUUAAUAUGAAUUUACUUGGGUUAUAAUCUCUAAUAUAUGAUCCUAUUGUUCUCAAUAAAUUGAUCUUUGAAUA